AUGGCGGGUUCGCGACCAUUUCAGUGCCUCGAGUCUCGAUUUAUUUCGCCGAAUGCUGAAAGAAGAGAUUUGAGCAGCAGUGUUAAAUUCUUCGAAAUUGAAGAAGCAUUAUUCCAGAAAUUAACGUGUUCCGGUUGAUUUUUAAGCAAGAUUUCCGGAAUUUCCGUCAAAAGGAAAAGGACCAACAAGCCUCCCAUUAUUUACAAGACCUGUCACGCUGUAGCGUUCCAUUUUGCCAUUGGACGUACGACAUUACAAAAACGCAAACUGUUUUUUUUGUUCAAAUGGAAUGCGCCCAAGUAAUUCAGAAAUGCCUAAAUCUUAAUACUUCAUGUUAGCUUGUCCAGGGCCGAAACUACGGGGGGGGGGGGAUGGGGGGUGUAACACACCCAAUGAAAAGUCAUGAAAGGGGGCCCAACUUGCGCAGAGGGGGCCCUGGGAUGCGGGAAUUGCGGAAGGUGUUGAAUAAUAAGGAAUGUUCUGAAAAAAGUGAGGUAGAAGAAAGUUUGAAAAAGUAUUUUUAACUCCCGCCUCCCCCCAAAUUUUUUGGCCGUUUUGUUUUCGGAAAAAACCGUCGACCUCCCCCUGCCUCCCCCCGUCGCCAGAAUUUUUCGAAAAAAUGUUUGCUUUCUGGAAACAUUUUUUUGAGAGGGCCCCAAAUUUUUUAAUUUACUUAUCACCAUAUCCAAAUCCUUAAAAUACGAACAAACCCAAACAAACCCAACAAACCCAACAGAUCCAACAAAUCCAACAGAUCCAACAAACACAACAGAUCCAACAAACCCAACAGAUCCAACGAAACCCAACAGCGCAACAGACCCAACAAAACCCUACAGCACAACAGAGCGAACAAAACCCAACAGCACAACACACCCAACAAAACCCAACAGCACAGCACAGCAAGACCCAACAGACGGAACAAAACCCACCAAACAAAAACCAACAGCACAGCAAAACCCAACAGCACAACAGACCAGAAAAAGUAUAUAGGCCUGGCCUAUAGGCCAACCUAUAGGUUCCUAUAGGAAACCUAUAGGUUUUUAUAGGCAAUUGGAACAUUUUCUAUAGGUGCAAUUGGAGCAUUUUCUAUAUAUGCCUUUAAACCUAUUAUAUAGGUGCCUAAAGGCUUCUAUAGGGAAUUGGAACAUUUACUAUAGGAACCUAUAGGCCACCUAUAGACGUUUUUCGUAAGGAGCGCGCGCAACAGCACAACCCUGAGCACAAGAGACCCAACAGCACAAGAGACCCAACAGACCCAACAGCACAACAGACCCAACAGCACAACAGACCCAACAGCACAACAGACCCAACAGCACAACAGACCCAACAAAACCCAACAGCACAGCAAAACCCAACAGACCCAACAAAACCCAACAUCACAACAGACCCAACAGCACAACAGACCCAACAAAACCCAACAGCUCAGCAAAACCCAACAGCACAACAGACCCAACAAAACCCAACAUCACAACACAACACAACAGACCCAAAAGCACAACAGACUCAACAAAACCCAACAGCACAGCAAACCCCAACAGACCCAACAUCACAACAGACCCAACAGCACAACAGACCCAACAAAACAGCACAACAGACCCAACAAAACCCAACAGCGCAGCAAAACCCAACAGCACAACAAAACCUAACAGCACAGGAGAACCCAACAGACCCAACAGCACAACAGAUCCAACAAAACCCAACAGAACCAACAGUACAGCAAAACUCAAUAGCACAACAAAACCCAUGA